GAUGGAAAUUACGGGGAUUGGUCCCAAGAGAUGACUAAUUUCCUGUACUCGAAGAACAAGAUCGGUUUUGUUGAUGGGAGCAUCAAGAUGCCAAAUACAGGGGCACAACGAGAUGUUUGGAAGCGUUGUGACGCCAUGAUCAAAGGCUGGCUUACAACAGCAAUGGAGAAAGAUAUUAGAAACAGCGUAAAGUACGCAGAGAGUGCGAAAGAAAUAUGGGAUGACCUGAAAGAGCGCUUCGGGAAGGAGAAUGCACCACGCACUUAUGAACUGAAGCGCGAAUUAACCUUGAUUCGCCAAGAGAAGGCCACUGUGCCGGCUUACUACACUCGGCUGCGUGGAUUAUGGGACGAAAUACAAUCAGUCUCACCCACCCCGAAGUGUUCAUGCGGACUGUGUAUUUGUGAAAUCGGAAAAAGACUGCAAAAGGCGAGAGAACGGGAACAACUAUAUGAGUUUCUCAUGGGACUGGAUGAGGCCUUCAAUACAGUCCGGUCACAAAUCUUAACAACGAAACCAGCACCCACGUUGGGAGCCGCGUAUCAUAUGGUGGCAGAGGAUGAGAGACAAAGGUUGGUCUCGGAUGGAAGGAGGCAACCACAAGAGGUCUCGGCCUUUGUGGCACAGCCAAAGAGCAGCAGCAUGGAGGGUACUAAUUCUGCCUCAUAUGUGCAGCAACAACAUUUAAGAAGAAGUGAAGGCAAACGAACAGGGGCAGAGGAAGUUGUACGAUGCAAACAUUGCAAUCGAACUGGACAUGCCAUGGAAGGAUGCUUCAAAAUAAUUGGCUACCCGGAGUGGUGGCCAGGAAAAACAGGGAAGAAAGAAGGAAAUAAGCCAACAGACCGACGUGAUGAAAGAAGAACAAACCCACGUGCAGGACAUGUGGACUCAGGACAAAUACUUGGAGUGACAGCAGACCAAUUGGCUCAUCUUUUUAAGCAAUAUGUAGAAAAUGAUAAGUUCUCUUCACAUAACACGUCUCCUACAGUAAAUAUGGCUGGACUCACUCUCGAGGAACCUGAUUGGCGUGGGUAGAAAUCACGAUGGUCUUUACUAUAUGGAGCCGACUGUGGGCAAAGGGACGGCUAUGGCAGUUUCAGUGGACACCGAGACAUGGCAUAGACGACUGGGUCACGCUUCCGAGUCCAAGCUUCAUCAAUUUAGUUUUAUUGGUAAUAAAGUCGACAGCAUAAAAAAUUGUGAAUCGUGUAUACGAGCCAAACAAACUCGUUUACCUUUCCCUGAUAGUUCAAUAAAAACCACUGAAUGUUUUGAAUUGGUUCAUUGUGACAUUUGGGGUGGAUAUAGAACACCCUCCUUUUGCG